AUGUUUAGACGCGCAACUGCUACUCUCAAAUCGACUCUUUUCCUUCACAUCACAAAGGUUCUAAAUGCAACGGUUAUCAUUUCCAUAGAUUUACCACAGGAUCGCCUUCAUUGUUUUGGAUUCAUUGGAGUCUCCUCAGGAAUGUUUCCUUCUAGAUGCCACUCUAAGCUUUUCAAGAGUCUCAUGGAUUACUCACAAGGAAAGUUAACUAAAGAAACUGCUAAAGGGAAGCAUCCAUAUCACAAAUAUUGUUUUAAAGAGUUAAGCCAUCCUAAAUGUGAAGUUUGUCAUCAUUAUAUACCUAUAAAUGGUUCUGGUUUGAUUGAGUAUAGGUGUCACCCUUAUUGGAACCAAAAGUACUGUCCAUCUCAUGAAUAUGACAAUACUGCUCGCUGUUGUAGCUGCGAAAGAUUAGAGUCUCGUGGAGAGAGAUACUUUAGAUUGGAUGAUGGACGGAUUCUGUGCUUUGAGUGCAUGGAAUCUGCUAUAACAGAUACCGGUGAAUGUCAACCUCUUUAUCAUGCUAUUCGAGACUAUUAUGAAGGAAUGCAUAUGAGAAUUGAUCAACAAAUCCCGAUGCUUCUAGUUGGGAGAGAAGCACUUAAUGAAGCCAUUGUUGGAGAAAAGAAUGGUUACCAUCAUGUUCCGGAAACAAGAGGCUUAUGCCUUUCAGAAGAGCAAACUGUCACCAGUGUACUGAGUGUUCUUUCUUGGUCUCGAAUUUAA